GAGAAAGAAAAUGGCGGCAAAUGCAACGAAAUUGUUUGUAUGUAGUCUAAGUUUAUUGUUUAUUUUAAUUGCUUACUAUUAUAGGAAAUAUAACGAUGAUCUGUUGAGAGAAAGACUACAAAGUACGCUAAAUAAUUUAUUAAAAGCAGAAAAUAGUGUUAAAUUAACAUAUAAACCGAAAGUUGGAUUAGGAUUUGGAUCGUGUCAAGAUGUAGUUAUUCAGAGUUCGGAAAUUAUUUUAAAUGAAGAAGCGCCGGAAUUAUCGGAACAUUUCGAUUCAAUACAAAACAAGGAAGAACUACUAAAAGUUUUCGCAUAUUUUUUUAAACAUGGAGCAGCUGCAGAACGCUAUAUAAGUAAUGAAACUCUCUUUAAUGAAAUCUUGGAAUCUGUUAAAAAUUCAGAAAAUUCAAAAUGGACAGUUGGAGGAAAUGCGCCUAUCAUGGCUUUGAGAUUUGCUAAAGAAGGAUGUGAUGUUCUUCUUGGUGCCCAACUAUCAUUAGAACUUAAAAAAAUUCUACCUAGCAAUAUGAUUUUUUCAGGACCAUUAAUAGAAAAAGAUGAUAUUCAUUUAUUAUUGGAAUAUUCUUCUGGAGAACACUGGGGUACAUAUACAGCUCCUAGAGCCAACAGAUUUAUAGUUCAUAAUGAUCAUCAAAAUCCCACAUUAAUAUCUUUAGAAAGUUUUGAUUCAGAACUUGAUAAAUUUAAACCUAAUUUAUUGGUGGUGGGAGGUCUUCAAAUGAUGGAUAAUUUUCCAUUGCCAUUGGAUGUAAGGAAAAGCCGUUUACAGAAGGUACAAGAUAUGUUGGCACGUCAGCCUAAAACAACACGGAUUCAUUUUGAAAUGGCAUCUUUCACUGAUAAAACUUUAAUGUCUGAUUUAAUUGAAUCUAUCAUUCCUAUGUCAGAUUCCUUAGGUAUGAAUGAACAAGAACUUCCAAAUUUAUAUCACAUGAUUAUGUACAAAAAUAUUACUCUUGUUUCUGAAUCUUAUCCAAGAGUUGCUAUUAUUUUAGAUCAAAUGAGGGAUGUAUUUAGAUUGUUACAAGAUACAGAAGAAGUGAAUGGAAGAAGAAAAUUAACUCGACUUCAUGUCCAUACAUUAGCAUUCCAAGCCAUUAUGACCAAAAAGAAGUCAUCCUGGAAAAAUUCCAUGUCUGCUGCAGCCAAAGCAGCACUGACAGCUCAUCGCCACACUUGCGGGUCUGACGAAAUUGAUGCUGACAAAGCCAAACUCAUUAUGGAUGAUUCUUUUACCACAAGCAGAGGAAAAAAUGCAAAAAAAAUUAUAUUCGAAGCUAAAAAGCCAGUUGCUUGUUGGGAAGAGGAUGAUAUAGAAAUAUGUGUGGCUCCUGUGCUUGUAUGUACAGAAGUUCUACAAACAGGUGGUGGUGGAGAUAAUGUUUCAUCAGCUGGACUGGUGUUACAAAUUUAAAGAUAUAUUUAAAAUAUUUUACUUAAUUCCAGCAAAAUUAUUAAAUGAAAACACUAUUAUUUUAAUUAUAAAUUAAUAAAUAUGAAUAAAUCAAAGAAAGACAAAUUAUAGCUGAAAAUUCAAUAGUCAUAGAUUUGUUUUAAUAGAUGAUAAUUUAUAUUUUCAUAUUGAUGAUAAGGAUAUUAAAAAUUGUUAGUUUAUUUAAUUCUCAAAAUUGAAUA